UCUCCACUUGACACAACAGUCGACCCAUUCGUUAUAGCAAUAUAGCGAAAGAAGAUGGGCGGCGGCGCAGACGACGGCUACGACGCCGCGGCCGCGCUGGCCGCGUUCCAGGCUUCCCGAGCGGGCGUCCGUGGCCUCGUCGAGUCCGGCGUGGCCUCCGUGCCGCCGCUCUUCCUCAUGCCCAUCGAUUCCUGCCAACCGCCCGUUGAGCAGACGACGUUCGCCAUCCCAACCGUUGACCUCGCUCUGCCGCACUCCGCGACCAUGCCGCUCGUCCGCGCCGCCGCACGCUCCUGCGGCUUCUUCCUCGUCACCAACCACGGCGUCGAUGCCGCCGUCGGCUCCGCGGUCUCAGCCGUCCGCGCCUUCCAUGAGCAGCCGCUCGCCACCCGCUCGGCCUUCUACUCACCCACGCCGGUCGGAAGCGUCACCUACUCCACCAUCCCCAUCCAUCCUGCCGCUGGCACGAACAUCAACGAAAUCGCCAUCCUCCCAUGGCGCGACACGCUGCAAGCUCGCUUCGGCCCGCCGCCGGCGCCUGAGCUCGGCAAGCUCCCCGCGUCUUGCCGGGACGCGCUGGAAGAGUACCAGAAGGUGAUGGCGGGGUUCGGGAAGGAGGUGGCCGGGCUGCUGUCGGAGGCGCUGGGCGUCGGCGCGGGGCGGGUGGAGAGCGCGAUGGGGGUGGAGGGCUGGAUGAUGGCGUGCCACUACUACCCGCCGUGCCCGGAGCCCUCCCGGGUGACGGGCGGCAUAGAGCACACGGACCCCAGCCUCUUCACCGUGCUGGCACAGGACGCCGUCGGGGGGCUCCAGGUGCGUCUCCGCGACGGGCGGUGGGCCGACGUGCCGCCCGUGCCCGGCGCGCUCCUCGUCAACAUCGGUGACGUGCUCAAGGUGGUUUCGAACGAUGAGUACACAAGCGUGGAGCACAGGGUGGCAAUCAAGUCUAGUCAAGAUGCCAGGGUGUCCAUUGCCCUCUUCUUCAAUCCUGCCAAGCGUGGCGACUCCGACUUGCUUGGGCCUCUCCCGGAGCUCGUGACGACAGGAAGCCCGCAACGUUACCGGGCUUUUACCCUGACGGAGUUCAUGAAGUCUCGUAAAGAUAUCGGCCAUGGUGUGUCGUCCAUCGACCGAUUCAGGAUUGCACAUGAAUGAAUGAUUUGAUCAGAUUAAAGGUUUCUCAUCAACACGAUCACAAUUGAUGAUGCAGAAGUAAGCAUGAUUUCUCAACACGACGAUUUGUUGUCUCUCGUUACAAUUGCAAAUUUGGUGCUUUAAAGAAAAUCAGUACGGUUAAUUAUUUGUGGGAAGAAAAUCUAUAUUUUGGCUAACCACUCCAAGAAUGCAUGUGUUUCUU